AUGACCUCCUCCAAGUCGUCAAAAUCCUCCUCCUUCAAGUCCUUUCAUUCCGACGACAAUAGCGUCCUGGACGACGUUAGUCACUUUGAGGACAUCGGUCUCGAAGACGAUGCCUCCCAUUACGACACACAACGCAUCCGCGAGGCCUCCCCCGCCAAACACUCACAGCCAUACUCGAGAUCGUAUUCCACCGACUUUCGCCCCAUAUCAUGGAAGCCGCCGCAUUCCCGCUCUCCGCCGAUGCCACGAGACCUUGCCAAGCCCCGAGGCACAUGUGGCAGCGCAGAACCCACUUCCAACCCCCGCUCAAACUCGUUAUCCUCCUCGCGACCUUCCUUUCCGACUUUGAGGACUGAUAGCUAUAUCCUCAACCGCCGAAGCCCAAGCGCUGGACGCCUUUCCGACUCCCGCCGGAGUCCAGUGAACCCUCGAAACUUCGCGAGCCGCUCGACGACUUCUCUCAAUUUCCCCCGCACGAACCGCAGCCCGAGCCCCAAUUUCUCCUUCCUUCCGAGAGAUCCCAACAUACCCCUCAAACCCCGCCGGGGAAGCUGCCAUUCUCCCCAAGAUAGAAGAAAGUCGGUGUUGGAGCUGGAAAGAGAGUGUGACGAGGACGAUACCGACGAUAUACCGGAUGGCCUUAUUCUUGACAAUGUCCCCAUUUCUCCCCGACCUCGACAGGACCGCACGCCGAGUCGGCCGACCUCUUCCGGAACAUCACCCAACAGACCGCCCAAGGAACGAGUACGCAGUGUUGGUAACGGGACGCCCGCAGUCCCGGUCGAUUCAGGGUGGUUGCGUUCUCCGUCCUGGAAGUCGGACACUGCUCUACCGUCCACUGGCGAGAAGGGCGCUCCCGAGCCGCUCAAGAACCGCGCGAGAAGCUGGAACCUUGCACUGGCCGAGCUUAACGCAGAUGCCAAGGAGUUGACAGAGAAACUUGAGGAGCACUCGGAUCAUCUUCGUGAGAAGGCGGCGGAAAAUGCAAACCCGACGGGACGUCACACGUGGAACGGAAAGUCCUUUGAGCAACACAGCCAGAAGCCUCGGGUCAAGUCCGCGUUGCCCGAGCUCCCUCCCAUCCGACACCAGACCAAUAUUAUGAUCGACCCACUUCCCAUUUCCAAGGAAAAAGAGGCUGUGCUUAGCCGUACGAGACCCUCGUGGCUCCCGCCCAAGGACCCCGCAGAGGAGAAGCGCCAUCUGCGAGAAUACAAGAAAAUGAUGGCUCGCAGCGCCGAGGCGGACCGCCGGCGUGAGGAUUCGCGUCAGGCCAAGAAAUCAACUCGCGACACCAAGGCCGAUAACUUGAUGCGGAUUUGGGACGACGAAAUCAUCCCCCGGUGGACAGAAGCCGUCCGAGAGCGUCGCACCCGCGAGCUGUGGUGGAAGGGAAUCGCGCCCCGCAGUAGGGGUACGGUGUGGGCGAGGGCUAUCGGCAACGAAUUGGGCCUGUCCGAGAAGUCGUACAAUGCCGCCCUCCACCGAGCCCACGAGCUCGAGGAAAGAGUCAAUGCUGGCAAGGGCGAUUCAGAGGACAUGCAGCGAGCAGCUUGGCUUUCAGCCAUCCGCAAAGACGUGGCUGAGAACACAUGGCAGGACCUGCGGAUUUUCCAAGUCGGCGGCCCUCUGCAUCAAACCCUCGUUGACGUCUUGUUUGCCUAUGCACUGUACCGAAGCGAUAUCGGCUACGUCAAGGGAUGCAAUACCCUUGCAGCCCUCCUGCUACUGAACCUUCCCUCAUCGUCCACAACCUUCAUCGCCCUCGCCAACGUCCUUAACCGGCCAUUGCCUCUGAGCUUCUACUCAGAGGAUCCCGGCGCGAAAGCCUCGGCCUACAACCUUGUCAUGCAGACUCUAAGCGUGAAGUCUCCCCGUCUCCACCAGCACCUGACAAAGGACAUCUCCGAAGGUGACGCGGAUUUCUACUUGGGCAACUUCUUCGUGGGGCUGGGUACAACUCACCUGGCCAUGGAUGAGGCAGCCCGGUUGUGGGAUGUGUACGUCUUUGAGGGCGACGCGGCGAUGGUGCGGGCGGCCGUCGCCAUCCUCAUGCGGAAUGAGAUGGCGCUCCUGGGCGUCAAGUCCGCUGGAGAAGCCAAGAAGAUGAUUGAAGGCGGCGCCAACAAGGAUGGCCGUAAGGCUGUCGUCGGAGACGACGGCGCAGAAGACCGCUGGAUGCGAGCUGUCAGGGAAGCGGGUAAGGCUUGA